AUGCCGUACAAAUACAUAGGCAGAACCACCAGUUACAAGGGCAAAACCUUGUGGGAAAUUAUCGGAAACUUGAAAAACUUCGGUAUGGGCCGAUUAGUUAUAAGGAGCACGUUUGAGAGAUAUCCUGAGACAAGUUUUUUCAAAAUCUUGAAGGUCGAGCCUUUGGCUUGUCCUGAAGUGCAAACGAUGGAUGACCAACGUAAAGUUCGAGUCCUGGUUGAGAAAACGUUUAGGGGCAUAACCUAUCCUAAACCUAUAACAAUCGAGUCCACCAGUUACAAAGCGGAUUAUCAGUUAAUACCAAAGGAUGAGGAGCAUAAAUAUACCAGCAAGGUUGAAGCAAAGCGCGACAUUAAGAUUUUACAAAGGACUAUGGAGUUUCCUCCUUUGAUGAAAGACGUGUUGAUGCGAGAAAACAAAGCUAAAGGGGAGGAUGUACAUGAUUUGAAGUUGGAGAUUAUUUAUCACAAAACGAAGACGGGGAAAUACAGGGUUGCGGAAGAGGGUGAGACACCCACUGUCACUUUCCAACCAAACAUGCAAGAAUUGCCGAAAAUUAGUCUUUACAAGAAUGUAAAACUUUCGUCAGUGUAGUAAUAAUUAGCUAUUUAUUAUUUCCAAAAAUGUUAGUAAUAGGUGUCCAAUUUUCUUUUCUUUGUGGAUGUCUAGGAUUCAUGUUCCAGAGAUACUCUGCGAUAAAGUUAAGACUGUUGAGAUAAGUGUCACCUUCCUAAAAAUAAAGUUAUUGAACGAUGUGAA